CAUUCCUUCUCCAUCACUAAAUUGCCCUCUUCUCUUUUCUUUAUUUAUAACUUUUGCUACUACUACUAGAUUUGCAGGGGACAACCUAAAGUUCUCUCUUCUCCAAUUAGGGUUUUUCCCCUUAGAGGGCUUCACCAGUAAGUAGUAUAUUGAACUUGUGAAGCUCACUUUUUUUUCCCUUUCAAUCUGCUCUACUGUUUUUGUACUUUCUUAUUGUAACUUUGAAGAAACACAGCCAAGUUUUCUGAUCAAGGAGCUCCUGAAAGAGAAAAAAAGCUACUUAGAGAUCAAGAAUGGCUUCAUCCAGCAGCUCAUACAACUCCCCUUGUGCAGCCUGCAAAUUCCUAAGGAGAAAAUGUCUACCUGGCUGUAUUUUUGCACCUUACUUCCCACCCGAGGAGCCUCAAAAAUUCAUUAACGUUCACAAAAUCUUCGGUGCAAGCAAUGUCACUAAGCUUCUCAAUGAGCUUUUACCUCACCAAAGAGAAGACGCCGUCAACUCUUUAGCCUACGAAGCCGAAGCAAGAGUAAGGGAUCCCGUUUAUGGCUGCGUUGGUGCCAUAUCUUUCCUUCAACGCCAAGUUGAACGCCUGCAAAAGGAGCUCGACGCUGCUAACGCCGACUUGAUUCGCUAUGCUUGCAAUGAGUACACACCCCCGCUGCCUUUACCUGGAACACAAGCAAUUAACAUGGCUGCUUUUCGCCAAAGGCCGGUUGAGUUUAGUAGAGGUUUUCAUCAAACACCUAGUUUUCCUAUCCCAUAUUCUAUCCCUAAUAAUUGGAAUGAUCAAAACUCUUCUGCUGGAAAUAUCCAUGGAGGAGGAGGAGGAGCAAGUAUUUGAUCGGUCAAGCAAAAUUUAUAGAGGGUUUUCUUACUAGGGUUUGUGACCCUCUUAAGAGAAUGGUGUGCUACUUAAGUUUUAACUACUUUCGCUAUGGUUUCCCUAUAGCUACUAGCCCUUUUUCACAUUCACCGUCCUAGCUAGAGCAUUGAGUCCUAUUUUCUCUUGAAACUAUAGUAUUAUUCUACUCUUACUGCUGAACUUGAAAACAUUUCCAAGCAUUUUAUAUUUUGGCUAGAUGUUCUGUCAUAUUUAGAGACCAUCUAAUAAGAUGUGGCAUGGAAAGUCUAUGGCUGCUACAUUGAGAGUCUAGAAAAAAAGGGUCAUGUCUAUUUAAGGUGUAGUAAUUUUAUGGGAUUUGUUUAUGGUCAAUAAACAAUAAAUAAACUAUUUUCAUGUUAUU